GCAAGCCAUGGAAAAAUAUCGAAGGAGCUGGUUAAUCGGCUAAUGAGUAUUCUUGGUCACAUGAUGCAGUUGAGGACAUUAAAGGUGACCAAGAAUUUGAAAGAUAUUCAAGGACCUGCCUUAGCUAUUGUUCUUGAACGACUGAAGCACUCUGGGGCUUUUCAAGAAACAUUUGAAGUGGCUAAAACAAUAUCGAUGGGGCCAUCAUUGAAAAGUGGAUCAAAAGUUGGGAAAAGUGGAUCAAAAGUUCACGAACCAAACGAGCACCCUCCCCAACAUAUUUCUUAACAAGUUCACGAAGCUAAAUUGUAC